AUGGCGCCCCGCAAGACCCUGUUGGCUCCCAUCCAUUUCAUUUUCAGCUUGUUGCAAAAGCGUAGUACGGUCUCCAUCUGGCUUUACGAGCAGCUCGCGUUCCGCAUUGAGGGCAAGAUCAGGGGAUUCGAUGAGUUCAUGAACCUGGUGGUUGACGACGCUGUCGAAGUCCGCCUAGCUACUAAGACUGAAGAAGAGAAGCGAAGACCUCUCGGUCAAAUUCUACUCAAGGGCGACAAUGUUUCUCUCAUCCAGGCUGUUUGA